AAGAGAGGGCGGCAAUGGCUCAGUUAGGUAGCAGCAAGGGCCCGCUCAGGUGUUCUCCAUCCCUGCCGCACGCCGUCUACCUGCCCGCCGCCCACCUGUGUGUGUGUGUACCAGUGUGGCCCGACCAUACACCGGGGCCUACCUGAGCCUAUUCACGCUAUCUAUGGAUAAUUAGUGGAGUGGUCAGAAAGGGAUCCAAGUCCAUCUCGAGGGUUUGAGUGGAAUCGAGUCCUGUGUUUCAAGUCAUCGUCGCCACCAUGGCUCGCCACGUCCUCGUCCUCGUCCUCGCCCUCCUCGCCUCCUCGCCUUUAGUGCAGGACAAGAAGAUCAACAACAACGUCAGCCUCAGCAGGACCCUUCGGCAGGUGCAGCAGGAGCUCAUGCAGCCCAUCCUCAACCCACCCAUCCCCACCUCCAUAGGACACUACCUCGGCACCGACCAGCAGAUCGACUACUGCCAGCGGGACGAGGUGCUGGUGCUGGGCGGGUGCCACAGCCUGCUGACGCGCGGCCCCUGCAAGGAGGACGAGUAUGUGGUCCUGGACCCCGCAGACCAAAAGGGCUUCUGCGCGCCCAGACUCUGCGCCCCCGACAGGAUCUUCGUCUUCAGCGACCAGCAGUGCCACGACCCCAGGACCACGCAGCUUUGUCCCCCGGGCCGCCAGCUGUACCAGACGUCGUACGGAACCCCGGUGUGCCAGUGUCCCGACGGCACGUACGAGGGCGACGACGACUUGGACGACGACGUGUGCGACCCCCUGCUGGGCCAGACCCUCUCGUGCCCCCCCGGACAGGUGCUGUGGUUCAGGGACUUCCGCAUGCCCCCCGAGUGCCUACCGGACCCCUGCGGCGGCGUCAACCUCAACAGGGGCCCCAACGAUCUGCCUUUCGUGCCCUCGGCGGCGGACGGGAAGUGUUACCAGCUGGGCCAGAGGCCGGCUGUGUGUCCCGCCCAGACGUGGUACUCGCUCGCCCUUGAGACUCUCCGCGGCGUGUGUAACAGCCUUGAGGACGCAGGCUACCAGGUCUUUGAUGAGGAAACACUCGCCUUCUUCACCAGGACGUACGGACCCCCCAUCGCCAGGGAGGCCACCGCCCCCAUCCCCACGCAGGCCCCCGGGGCACCUCAGGCCGGGCAAGGGUUCGUCGGCCAGGCAAGAGGCACGGCCGCUGGAAUUCCUGGCCAAGCUGGAACCGCUGAUCAAGGCUUCCCUGGGUUUGCUGGAGCCCCUGGUUUUCCCGGUCAACCUGGAUUCGCUGGUCUUCCUGGACAAGCCGGAACCACUGGCAUUCCUGGUCAACCUGGAACUGCUGGUCAAGGGUUUACUGUCCAGCCUGGAACUACAACUCAAGGAUUCCCUGGAUUUACAGGUAUUCCAGGUCAGGCUAGAACCCCUGGAUUUUCUAGCCAGCCUGGCUUUGCUGGCAUUCCCGGCCAGCCAUCAACGUCUAGUUUUCCUGGAACCACGGAGCAAGGCUUCACGGGCUUCACUGGUAUUCCCGGCCAGCCUGACGCGUCUGACCCAGGCUUUACUGGACAGCCUGGCUUCACGGGCACGCCUGGACGGCCUAGAACCCCUGGAUUUGCUGGUCAGCCUGGAACAGCCGGUAUUCCUGGCCAGGCUGGCGUCCCCGGCGGCCAAGUAUUUGCUGGGCAGCCCGGCGUGUCUGGCCAAGGGUUCAGGGGCCAACCCGGGUUCCCCGGACAGCCUGGUCAAGGAUUUGGAGGCCAGCAUGGUGCCCCUGGACAGUUUGGUCAAGGGUUUAGGGGCCAGCCGGGGACCGCCACAUCCGCCGGACGCCCCGGGGCAACACCCACCACCGUACAGGUCGGCCAAAGCUUCCCUGUCGGCCCUCCUACUACCGGCGGCCAAAGAUUUAGUGGUCAAGGAUUCUCCGGUCAAGGGUUUAAUCCAGGAUUCCCCGGGCAAGCGUUCCCUGGUCAAGCGUUCCCGGGACACAGCUUCUCAGGACACAGUUUUCCAGGUCAAACCUUCCCUGGCCAAGCCUUCCCCGGCCAAGCCUUCCCCGGGCAAGCCUUCCCCGGCCAGGCCUUCCCCGGCCAAACCUUCCCUGGUCAAGGCGCCUUCAGCCAGGGCGCCACCAACAGUAGCGGCGGCCAGGUGUUCGUGGGUCAGCCGGCGGUGUCACGCGGCCACUCUACCACCAGCACCUCGGGCCACUCCACCACCACCAUCACCGGCACCACCACCACCACAGGACAGGUAGGGACCCCGCCUGGCUUCAGGCAGACCACUACCCUAGGCCCGGCCAUCUCCACCACAUAUGGGACCACUAGCCACACCUCCCAGGGGGCCACACCAUCCAUAGGAGUGCCACAGAGGCCAGGAACACCCAGGGGCGGCUCUCACAGAGGUCACCCGGCGCACAUCACCUCCAGAGGCCACCCACAACCUCCCACAGCCUCGCCCUCGGUUCUCCAGCUACACCCGAUCGGUCCACCGCCCACGAAUACCCACAGAACAGGUUUCCCAUCCUCAGCUCACAGCCGGCCGACUUUCAUGUCCCAGGCGUCCCCGGUUCUCAGCCCACGCAUGCCCGUACCCCCCCCCGGCCACAUACCCCCGUCCGGCCAGUUCCUGCCCGGCUUCUUCAUCAGCAACGAGCAACAGUCGCUGGAGAUGUUCGGACUGCCGGGCAUGGCGAUGUACAACCCACAGUUCGGGAGGUCAAUGAGUAGUCAGCAAAGUUUCGGUGACCACUCCUUGGGCCAGUCUGACUACAACGUGGUGAUGGCCGACCUGCUGGCACACAGGACGGGGCUCAACAGACGCGACGCUGACCUCAGUUUCCUCCAGAAGUCGCCAGGGCACCCUGAUCAAGGGUUCUUUAACGGAGUCCAAUCCAUCAUGUCUGGCGUCCUGGAGAACCCCGUUUACGUCCAGCCACAGAGUCAGCCAAAGAGCCUAUACGCCCAAUCGUCUCCGGCCCCCGUGCAGCACCACAGGGCCCGCCGCACCCCCCUACCGCACGCCACCCCCGGGAACGUGUUCGAGACCCGCCUGGUGGCCUGCCGCGCCGGAGCCCAACGAGACAUCAACGCCAAGUGCAGGAAUACGGUUCUGCCGGCCGCCUCCCCCGUCAAGAGGAACCUCCGGGCCGUCCCCCCCGUGCCCCCCCGUCCCGGCUGUCCCACGGGCCAGGCGUACGACAGGAGGCGACGCUGUACCUCCACCAGCGAGGCCGUCAACUCCAUCAACGCUUUCAAUUUAGGGAAGUGAUUGACGCCGCCCACCCGCCUUUAGCGUUUUGAUACACCCAUUUAUUAAUUGUUUUUCUCCUAUUUCAACUAUUUUUAUUUCUAUUACUUCUUUUAUCUUCUCGUCUUCUUUCUCUGUCUUUACUCGUCGUCUCCUUGUCUUUUUCCCGACUACUACUAUUACUACUACUACUACUACUACUACUACUACUAUUACCACUACUAUUGUUGCUAUUUGUGCCAUUCUUUACUCCCUCCCUCCUUCCCUUUUACCCUUUCUAUCCUCAUUCACCUUUUCUUUUUUAUUCUUCGUCCUCCUUCUAUAUAAUUCUUCCAUAUUUCUUGUUAUUUUUCAUCUUCCUCCUUUCUCUUAUAUGUUUUCUUUUUCUUAUAUUCGAGUUUUUCCUGUUCUCCUUCUCCUCCUCCUCCUCCUCUUCUCAGCCCUCUCUCAUCUGCAUCACUCUUAGGUAUAUACUCUCUGCAUGUCUGUUCUUCGGAUUUCUCUUAUGUUAACUUUCUUUUAUAGUCUUAGAUUACGUUAACUUAUUGUCACUGCGUCCGGCUCUCCUUCGCACUUCGGCCCAUGUUCUCAGACGCUCUCGGCUCACACAACAAACAUUUCGAAAAGCCACAAAGAAAAUCAGUCGGGUUCUCAAGGGUCUUUUACAUAUUCAUGGUGCAAAGGCUUCGUCAGACUAUCACCAGGCUCGUAAAACUAUCCAUGGAAAUACUAACACAA